CAGGCAUUUAGAUCACCCUAGCUAGUCCUCAACUUAGCGAGGCCGUUUUCGCUUUGGGAAAAGAAAAGGAAGAAUCUCUUUCCUUCUUCCAACAACACAACAGACCCAAUUUUCUCCCUCUGCUCUGUUGCUGGCUUGCUGCUAUUGUUGAGACUUGAGAGGCAGGGAGAUAUCAGACAUGAGGCUAUUUACUCACAACAUGCUAUCCUCCAAUAUCAAGGGAGUUGCGAACGGCUUCCCUCUAAGAAUCGAGGUAGAUCAAGUGGUCGAAAAGCAAGUGGACUUCAAUCCCGAUUUCCUCAGAAACAUGUUCCCAAAGCUCGAGUGGAAAGCCCUUGUCGAUGCCGCACGAACCAUGGGCUACACCGAGCUUCCUGAGGAGGCCGAUUCGUCGAUGCUGGAGUCUGAGGAAUUUUUAAGGAAGUUGCACCACGCGCUUUUGGAGCUUCACCUCGAAGAAGGGGCUUUGGUUUGUCCUGAGACUGGGAGAAAGUUUCCGGUCAAUAAAGGGAUUCCUAAUAUGCUUCUUCACGAAGAUGAGGUUUGAGAUGCCUGUUUGUUUUCUCAGAUUAGGGUUUUCGUUUGGAGGAUUUGGGGUUUUUCUUUUUUGAGUGUUUUGAGUUAGUGAAAUGUGUGGAAAGAAAAAAAAUAAAAUAAAAGGCUUUUGCUUUAAUGAUUA